AUGUCUGCUUUGCGCAUUUUGCUGUUUCUCUGCUUCUUUGCGAACGUGUUUACCAAGUCCCUUCGGCAAGAUGACGUUGCCAAGGCCUUGUUGGAGCAGUAUAUAGAAGAGAAAAUGGCUGAAAUCAACCCAAGAUUCCGACCUCACUAUCACGUAGCACCGCCUGUUGGUUGGAUGAACGAUCCCAACGGUUUCUCGUAUUACAAAGGAGAGUACCAUCUUUUCUACCAGUAUUACCCGUACGACAGCAUAUGGGGACCGAUGCAUUGGGGCCACGUGUCCAGCCCAGAUUUAGUCCAUUGGAAACAGCUGCCGACAGCCUUGCUGCCGAACGAAGAGCAAUGCUUCUCUGGUAGUGCGGUGCAGGAUGGUGAUACAAUGGUGCUAAUGUACACCGCCCACAUAGUUUCUGAUAGAGAUCCGUUUUACAACGAGACCCAAUACUUGGCAUACAGUGACGACGGUAUUAACUUUGAUAAAUAUGAUGGUAACCCCGUACUCCCGUCGGCUCCUAAUGGCUCUCCUGAUUUUCGUGACCCCAAAGUUUGGAGACACGGUGACCAUUGGUAUGUCAUUCUCGGUAGCAAGACUGAUGAUAAACGCGGCAGAGUGCUUCUGUACAGGUCGACAGAUAUGAAGAACUGGGAAUUUUUGAAUGUUUUGGCGGAAUCACAGGGUGACAUGGGCUACAUGUGGGAGUGCCCAGACUUCUUCGAAUUGGACGGCAAAUUUAUACUUCUAAUGUCACCACAAGGAUUAGAACCUCAAGGAGACAGAUAUAAAAAUACCUACCAAAAUGGAUAUAUCAUUGGUAGCUUUGAUUAUGAAACAUUUGAAUUUGUACAAGAAGUUCCAUUCCAAGAAAUCGACUUCGGACACGAUUUUUAUGCUGCCCAGACAACGGAAGUCAACGGUAGGAGAUAUCUUAUUUCCUGGUUUAGCAUGUGGGAAGUGCCCCAUCCGGAAGACGUAGAUGGAUGGGCUGGAAUGAUGACAAUCGUCAGAGAAUUAAAACUCGUCGAUAAUAAAAUAAUUAUGAAACCCGUUGAUGAAAUAGUUGCACUUAGGGAAAGUGUUGCAACUGUGGGUGACUUAGAAUCUAAUGAAGAAGUAGAGUUCGGUCAAGCAGUGGAAAUUAUAAUUGCAGCCAAUUUCGAGGAAAGUGUACAAUUACAACUAGAGGGAAGAGAUGGAGGUGAUAAGGUAUGGCUCCGAUGGGACCCGGAAGUCGGAAAAGUUGUAGUUGACAGAGGAUCUGGAGAUAUCAGACAAGUCGAAUGGGAGCCUAACAGUUCAGAUUCGUGGAGAAUUUUCUUGGACUCAAGUUCUCUCGAGCUAUUUUGUGGAAUUGGAGACGUAGUGUUCAGCAGUAGAGUCUACCCCUUAGGCGGUUGGAAACUUAUUAACUUGAGCAAUCAGGAUGUCGAAAUUGAAGCUUACAAUUUGAAAAAGAGUUUCCCAAUG